GGUCCUUCCCCGUCUUCCUGACUGCCCUUCUUGCCCUCUGUUUCUUCAGCUUCCUAACAUCAGUGAAUCACCUUGACUCAGGAUGGGCUCCAAACCCCCAGGCUUGCAGUUUCUGAGCAUUCUCCUAAUCUUCUGGCAAAGUGCAGGAGAAGAGUCUUCAUACAUCAUUGACAGCAUUGGCCUCACAAUCCAGCCUAAAAACGCAGUUGAGCGCGGAACGCCAGUCCUGAUUGGCUGCCACGUCAGCGUGAGCCACAGCAACAUCCCUGACCUGGAGAACCAAUUCCAGAUUUUGAAGGAUGAAGUUCCUAUUUACUCCUUCAACACCACAAACAGUACUGUCCUGUAUGAGCUUAACCCAGCCAGGGCUGCAGACUCUGGGAGCUAUGAAUGUCGAGUUACAGUGAAGGACAAGAGCAAAGCCAGCUUCAGUGAGAGGCUGGAUGUCACAGGCCUGCAGACCCCGAGUCUUUUUCUAAAUAAUUCAAAGCCCUUUGAGAAUGAGGAGUUUGAGGCCAGCUGCAGUGCUCCAGGAGAAAAAGGACUCUUCAUAUUCCGGUUUUACUUGAAAUUUAGAACCGGGGAGCCUCAGACGAUAAAGCAGCUGCAAACCAAUGGGAAUUCUACAAAAACCCUCAUAAAGCUAAGGCACAUUGGAGACUGCUAUCUGUCUUGCGAUUAUGAGAUCAGCCUGCUAUCUGGAAACAAGCGCUCCAACAGCAGCAACGAGACCCACGUGACAGUCAAAGUACUCAACAUAACCCCAGUCGUGAUCGUGUAUCCUUCUGAUUCCGUCUUUGAGGGGGAUGUGGUGGAAGUGAUCUGUAGAGUGGUGGACGGUCCGGAUGUGGAAGUUUUCCUUACGAAAGACAAGAGAAUUCUAAAGAAAGUUCCAGGCAAAGCACUCAGCCACAUGUUUACUGCUCAAGAAAGAGAUUCUGGGGAGUAUGUCUGCAAAGCAGAGUGGGGAAAUGUCCAAAAAGAGAACUACAAAACAAUCAAAGUCAAAGAGUUAUUCUCAAAGCCAAAGCUGAUUUUAGAGCCAGUCGACCUGUUUGAAGGAGAUCGUUUCAAACUGACCUGCAAAGUCACCAUUUAUGUUCCUCAGAAGAUUGACAACAACAUCCUGACAUAUUCCUUCUAUAGAGAUAACACUAAAAUCAUCACUUCUAAUUCCUACAUUAGCAUGGCACACCCGAACAUGAACGGCAACUACACGUGUAAAGCUAACGCGUCCUCCCUGGGCAACAGUUUCAUUAAGGAGAGCCAAGCACUUGUUGUUAAAGCCAAAGUUCCUGUUUCAAAGCCUGUUCUGAGUAUAGUAGGGGGCACGCUGUUGCUAGGAAAGCCAUUCCAGUUGCUCUGUCAGAGUAACAGUGGCACUCUACCCAUCUCAUACACCCUGUAUGGCCCUGCCAAGCUGAACGAAAGCAAGGUUGUGAGCAAACCAGGAGACAUGGCCAUCUUCAACUGUCCAGCCAUCUUUAAGAGCCUUGACUUGAGCAAAUUCCUUUGCCACGCAAGAAACCAUAAGAACAAGGUUCCCAUGAUAGGAUCCGGACAACUAAUGCUGAAGUCCACUAACAUCAUAGAGCCUGUGUCAAAUCCAGAGUUGAAAGUUGACUCCAGUGAAGUCUCUGAGGGUCACAGUGUGAUCCUCAACUGCUCUGUUCAGCGAGGCACUUCUCCUAUUAGCUUCACCUGGUUUCACACUGAGAAAGGGGGUCCUCUGGCUUCCCUGUCCACCAACAAAACUGAAGGAUCUUUCAGAAUAAACAAUGUCAACGGAGAGCACGGUGGGAGAUACUACUGCAUGAGCACCAACCCAGCCAAAGACAACAAAAAGAGCAACAUCGUAAUGAUUGGAGUGAAAAUGGCUGGCUGGAAGAAAGGUCUCAUAGCACUCUUCUGUAUCUUGAUCAUACUGCCCUUGGUCCUUGUUAUAUCCUUUAAAGUACGACUGAUUCAAUGUAGGAGAAGAAGUACAGGCAGGCUGUCUGUGAAAUCUGCCAGCACCAAGGUAGAGCGGCUGAGCCUCACCUUAGCAGAAGUCAACGAGGCUGCCAAUGUCACCCCAGGUAUGAUGGGUAAAAGCAUUUGGAGUGAACACAUGUCAGGAUCUGAGUCUGAUGAUCAUGUCAGUACAGUCACACAGGAAAAUCCUGAACCUCAGUACACUGAGGUGCAGACCAAAGAUGCAGAUCCCAGCAGAGCUCCUGUGAAACAGGGCACAGACACUGUGUACAGCGAAGUACGAAACUCCCAGCAAGGUGUCCCAGACAUAAACGAUGGUGUGUCACUGGAAUAUGCACAGCUGAACCACGACAACGAUCCCAGCAGUGAUAACUGUAACCAUGGGGACCCAAGUACAAACGCUGACGAGAAAACAGAUGUCAACACCUGUGUUAGCGAUGCCACGGCUGAGCAGGAAGAAGGAAAAUGUGAUGCAGCACCAGAGUGUUGAGCUGCAAACAGGAAUAUGGUUAUUUAUAAUGUCUAUGAAGUAAUUAUCUCAUUUGUGCUAAAAAUUAUCCAAGUGCAUAUGUGUGGUUAUUUUUUCAUACCUUUUUUUUUGGAAAACCAACUCUGUCUUUUUACUAGUGUUGUUUCAAAAUAAAAGGAAUUUGUAAAAAUGUUUAUUUGAUUAUUAUGCUCCCAAGACAGAAGUGAAAGGAAUGCUAACAAUUUUUGUUGCAAAACAAAAUAUUUUUUGACAUUGUUCCAAUAUAUUCACCUAUGCAAUACAGUUUGACAUGUGCAAAAAGUGUGCAUUUGUAACUAAGACUAAAAAUAUUAAGUUUUGCAAAAGAAUGUCAAGUUUUUUUAUUGUUAUUGUCGUCACUAUUCGUUUAUAGAUUCAAGUCUCCCUAUUUAAAAAGAUGUGUACUUUUAAAAAUAACUUUCAAUUGUUUGAUUUACAGCAACAGAAAUAUUUUGUGAUAGGCACAUGCUCAGAAUAGUCCUGCAUCUGUUCAUAACGUGAGUAACUAUAGCUUUAUAAAUACUUUGUAUAUGUUAAUUGUUUAACAGACGAAGUGUUCUGACACAGACUUGAACAGAAUAAAGUUUUAAGUACUUCUUUUUGAUA